AUGUCAAAGCUUGGUGAGGGUACCUUUGGAGAGGUCUACAAAGCAGAAUCGAGGCGGACGGGUGAGAUUAUUGCCUUGAAAAAGAUCGUUAGGCAUCAAGAGAAGGAUGGUUUCCCAGUGACAGCACUUCGUGAGAUAAAAAUAUUGAAAAUGCUCUCACAUCCGAAUGUACUCAAAUUGGAAGACAUGGCAUUGGAGCAUAGUAAAGCCAAGGAGGGUGCGAAGCCUCCGCCGGCUACGGUUUACAUGGUAACACCAUUCAUGGAUCAUGACCUUUCUGGACUACUAGAGAAUCCGACUGUUCAUCUGACGGAAGCACACCUCAAAUGUUAUAUGAUACAGUUAUUGGAAGGUACUGCAUACCUCCACAAAAGUAAAAUUUUGCACCGGGAUAUGAAGGCUGCAAAUCUCCUAAUAAGUAACGAGGGUAUCCUCCAGAUCGCAGAUUUCGGUUUAGCCCGACCGUACGAUGACCCACCGCCCGAGCCAGGAAAGGGAAAUGGAGAAGCUACGAGGGGAUAUACGCAGAUUGUUGUCACUCGUUGGUAUCGGCCUCCUGAACUACUGCUUCAGCUUGAGAGGUAUACACCCGCCAUCGACAUGUGGGGCGUGGGCUGCGUUUUUGGCGAGAUGUUCCAGAAAAAGCCCAUUCUACCCGGAAGCAGUGAUCUAGACCAGGUAAAUCGUAUAUGGACUCUCAUGGGAUCACCGACCGAAGAGAACAUGCCCGGUUGGAGCACCUUGCGCGGGUGUGAAGGUAUCAAAACAUUCCCUAAGCGGCACAGCACACUGAACACCGCGUUCCGUGAUCAGGGGUCGUUGUUCAUAUCGCUUCUCGGUGAACUCCUCAAACUUGAUUGGCGUACUCGAGUGAACGCUAUGGAUGCCCUUCAGCAUCCUUACUUCAGGUCAGAGCCUCUUCCUUCGAAGCCUGGAGACAUCCCAGAAUUCCAGGAGUCGCACGAGCUGGACAGAAGAAAGAACCGUGAGCAAUUAAUCAAGCCACCACCUGCUCCUGUUGGUGGAGCUGUCGGAAUGGGUCAUGAGAGCGAAUUUGUGAACGGCAACGCACCCAACGGUUCCAACCAAUACCCACCUCGGGGAACUUUCAAAGACCGUAGGCCUUAUCCACCUCCACGGAACGGCUACGAUCACCGUGACCAAGCGCCGUACGGCUCCAGAGUCCCGCCUCCGCCUCCUACUGGGGGUCCACAGUCUGAGCGUCGACCAGCAUGGGAGAGAGGACCGCCAAAUGGAUUGCCCCCACGGCCGCCUGUUGACAUACCUAGAGGAGGGCCAGGAUAUUCAGGUCCACGUCCUCACGACGGCCCAAGAGACAGAGGCCCUCCUAGAGAGCGGCCACCACCGUAUGAUGACAGUAGACCGAGGCCGAGAGGGGGAGGGGCCCCGCAAGUCGAUACCUACAUACCUUCGUAUAGACCAAGAGACGAGGCACGUAGGGGUCGGGAUGAUCCACACCGAGGUAACGAGGACCCAUAUCGAAGAGAUGACCGGGGGACCCAAAGACCGAGUGAUAGGAGAGACUUCAUGGACCGAGAUGGAGGGAGACGGCGAAGCAGGAGUCCAGAUCCUAGUCGAGACAGGGAGCGUGAUCGAAAUCGAGAUUCUUUCAGGAGGUGA